GUAAAUGUUGCGCUUUUACUGUGAAAGCCGAGCUUAGGGGAAGUUAUCAGUUAGCAUCCCGUAGCUAAGUCUACAGUGUGUGUGUGUGUGUGUUCAGGUGUGUGUGUGUGUCCAGGUGUUAACAUGUUACCUUUAUCUGUGAAAGACGACGAGUACAAACCCGCUAAAUUCAACUUGCUGCUCAAGCUGUCGGGAUGGUUCAGGUCGAUACUCGCGGACAAAACGUCCCGGAAUCUGUUCUUCUUUCUCUGCCUCAACCUCUCUUUCGCCUUCGUGGAGCUUUCAUAUGGCAUCUGGAGCAACAGUUUAGGUCUGAUUUCCGACUCCUUCCACAUGUUCUUUGACUGCACGGCUCUUCUCGCAGGUCUGGCAGCUUCUGUCAUCUCCAGGUGGAGAUCCAACGACAGCUUCUCCUACGGGUAUGUCAGAGCUGAGGUUCUGGCCGGCUUUGUGAAUGGACUGUUUCUGAUAUUCACCGCCUUCUUCAUCUUCUCCGAAGGGGUCGAGAGGGCUCUCGAGCCUCCGGAUGUGCAUCACGACCGGCUGCUCCCUGUGUCGGUGGCGGGGCUGCUGGUGAACCUGGUGGGGAUCUUUGUGUUUCAGCACGGAGGCCACGGACACUCGCACGGAGGAGAGGGGGAAGGUCACGGCCACAGCCACUCUCUGUUUAACGGCAGUGCGAAUCACGGACACAGCCACGGGGCAAAAGACCACGGAGCACACAGCCACGAUGGACACAGCCACGGCGGCCAUGAUGGACACGGACACAGCCAUGGCGGCCAGGACGCUCACGGACACAGCCACGGAGGGCAUGGACACAGUCACGACAGCCAUGAGGAUUCACACUGUCACGACAAACUGACUCCGGGGAAAGGAGCCAGUAAACAGAUCCUGCAGGGCGUGCUGCUGCACAUCAUCGCUGACACUCUGGGCAGUGUUGGUGUCAUCAUCUCCGCUCUCCUGAUGCAGAGAUACGACCUGAUGAUCGCUGACCCCAUCUGCUCCAUGCUCAUCUCCCUGCUCAUCGGAGUCAGCGUCGUGCCGUUACUGAAGGAGUCCAUUGGGAUCCUGAUGCAGCGAACGCCUCCCUCUCUGGACCAGAAGCUGCCCGAGAGCUACCAGAGGGUGCAGCAGCUGCAGGGCGUGUACAACCUGCAGGAGCCUCACUUCUGGACUCUGUGUACGGACGUUUACAUCGGGACGUUAAAGCUGCUGGUCGCCCCCGACGCCGACACCCGCUGGAUCCUCAGCCAGACGCACAACAUUUUCACACAGGCUGGAGUCCGGCAGCUGUACGUUCAGAUUGAGACGGCCUCCAUGUAGAAGCCCCGCCUCCUCUGAACACCUGGGACCAAUCACCUUUCAGUCUGCUGCAGGCGAUCCCUGCCCCUCCCAGAGUAAAUGAAGGACAGACAACGUUGGGGGGGCGGGUCAAUGAGACUGAACUACUAUGAUGCUCCAGCCAAAAAAAGCCCCUCCCACCCCCUUUCUUUUUCCUUUUGUUUUUUGUACUUACUUUACCUCCCCCCUCCCUCGCUGCACUUUGUAGACUGGAGCAAAGCAUUCUGGGUAAGUGCCUUCAACAUGAAUCAGACAAUCUGAGCCCCCCCCCUCCCCUCCCUGUGACAUCACCGGCGUGUGAUGUCACUUUGUUUUUAAAACGUGCCAAACCAUGUGACCAGACGGGGGGGGGGUUCAGUCUUUUUUCAACUGUAAUAAAUAAAUAAUUCUG